CGCGGCGGCACGCACAACCUGGCGAGGGCGCAGAACGGCGAGUGCCCCGGGCUGGCGAUGCGGCCGUGGCCUUCCGCGGACGGCGCGGGCAUCGUCGGCUGGACGCACUGGACGGUGUACGUCGAGGCGACUGGGAAGUGGGUUACGCGGCUGGUGCACCUCGAUCCUGUAGCUGUUGGG